GGAACAUGCAGAACAUGAAAUUUUUUUGAAACUGAACUGACAGAAAAAAGGACAAAGAAACGAGUAAGCGGUAAGCUGUUAAACGUGUUGAUGAAGUAUCCUACAAAGAAAGAAUAAGAAGCAGACGAGAAUCGUGUAUGAAUCGAAAGGUGAAUAAGAAAAAUUUUCUGACGUAACUUCUGCUCCUUGGCAGUGUGAUUUUACAGUACAAUGCUUAGCAAUACCAAUUUGGGAAACGAAAGUCAACGUCAAGAUAUGAAUUCCAACGAUCAAGUUUCCAGUUCACAAUUAAAAGAGAGUAAAGUGGAUGAUGAGUCACGUAUCGAAGAGGUAACUAAACUGCCUUUAAACAUGAGCGAAAAAUUUUAUUUGCAAUAUUAUGUCUUGUUUGAAAAUAAAUCAAACAACUGCUGGUUAAAUUCUGCAUUAGCCUUGUUGCUGAACAAUCGAACUUUAUACUGUAAUUUAAAAUCUAAAAAUGAUACUCUCCUGGUGAAAAUUCUGCAACAUUAUCGUGAUAUAAUGAUGUAUGUACUUUCGCCUACGAAAACUUUGAGUGUGGCUAGGCUAUCUGUUGCUUCAAACAGAGUAAAAUUUGUGCAAGAACUUGCUCUUGCAUAUUUGCAGCCAUUGCUGAAGUGUAAGGAUGGCAAGCCAGACUCUGCUUUCAAUGCUGUAAUGAACUUGAUUGGUAGUGAUGCAAAAGCACACAGUCUUUUUGUCGCAUCACUCAAUUGUAGUAUGGAAUGUGAGAAUUGUAAAGCUGCGAGAAUAAAGAGCCAUAAAAAGUCGGUGAUAACUUUAACAAAGGUGGAAAGUUUCAAUGGCUCCAAUCUUGUAUCUUUAUGUGCUUGUCCAGCAUGUAAAGUUCCAGAUCAAAAAAUGUUCCUUCACUAUCAAUCACUGCCUCCCUGUUUGUUAUUUCAUUUCGAGAAUGGUGCUGGAGAAGGUGUUCUUGAACAGGUGGAUUUCCAAGUAGGUGCGCGCACUUAUCACCUUACCGGUGUUAUCACUUUACAAGAUAAAAAUGGUCCUGUUCCUCAUUUUGUAACAUGGGUUAGAAAUCCUGAUUCAGAUCAAUGGUUACUAAACAACGAUUUGGGACCCAGGCUCACAUCUUUCAAAAGUUCCAACCCAAGAAUCAAUCGAUGCAUAAUUCAUAUGCUUUGUUUCGAGGCUUUGGAUCAAAUGGGGGUUAUAACCAACUUUAGUGGACUUGUUUCAACUAAUAAAAUGCCUUGCAAUUAUGCUGAAAUUCCAGAAAUAACACUUUCUGAUGACAAUGAGGAAAAGAUUGCUGAUCAAAACCAGCUGAAUUGUAGUUCUACUGCAAAUAGCAAGAACUUUUUUGAAGGGGCUCAUAAUCAUUUUGAAACAAAUCCUCCGUCAAGCACAAACAGAGCUGUUAGUAUUUCGAGUCCAUCUGUAUCUAAGAAGUCUAUCAAUGCAGUUUCUGUCGCUGAAACUUUUGUAGAGAAGGAAAAAUGUGUAUCAAAUGGAGCAUCUUCAUCAGGUGCCACUGCCUCCUUUUCUAGUGGUCCCCAAAUUGAAUCAAAUGACGAAAAUGCAAUUAAUGAAAGCAGCAGUAAAUCGCCUAAGAAAAAAGGGAGUAACCCCAAACCAAAAGCAUUGACAGAAUAUGAGGAACGUCUCUUAAACAUGACAGUUGAGGAUGUACUGCUCAAUACUGUAUUCCCUUAUUUUCGCCUUGGAGGAAUGAAUGACUGAUGUUGAACCACAAUGGAAAAGAUAUUUCCAUUAUCAAAAAGAGAUUGUAAUAAGUAAAUAUUUUCAUAUUUAGAUUUUCUACUUAAAUGAGAUUUUUACUGUUCAUCAUUUUUUAGUAUCAAUGUAUAAUUUAGUAUGUUAUCAUGUUGGCAUUCCUUCAUAUGAAACUAAUUUUCAAUGACUCAAUGUAAAAAAUUCAUCCUAUUA